GAUGAAGUCUAUGGUUUAUUUCUCUGCAGAGGCGACGUUGAGCACAGCACUUGUCAAAAUUGCGUCGCUACUGCAACUAAAGAGAUCACAAAAAUCUGUGCAGUUAACCAAGAAGCCAUUAUAUGGUAUGAAGAAUGCAUGCUUUGGUAUUCAUAUGGUCACUGGGCUUCUCAUUGGUGGGAUCCCCAAGUUUAUAGAAGGGGAAGCAGAUUAAUCUCCGACCCAAAAGGGUUUCUUCAGAAAUUGUCUAAUUUGAUGAACAACCUUGCGACAAUGGCUAUCAACUCUGCUUCUUCCUCUAGAAUCUUAUACUUCGCAACUGGAGAAGUAAACUUUACAAGGUUUGAGAAGAUAUAUGGGUUGUUGCAGUGUACUCCUAAUCUUUCUCCAAGUGAUUGUUACAAAUGCCUGAGAAAUGCUAUUGAUAAGAUUUCCAUUCAGUUUAAUGGGAGUUCAGGUUUGGGUGCUUAUUUUUUCAACUGUUCUGCAAGAUAUAGUGAUCGUCCUUUCUAUAAACUGAAUUUUUCUGCAUCAGCUCCUCCCUCAAUCAGAAAAGGGAAGAAUUCAUUUCGAACAAUCUUAAUUAUUGCUAUUCUCGUGGUUAUCAUAGUGAUACUUUUUCCUAUCCUUUUUUACCUCAUACAAAAGAGAAAGCGAAAGUCAGAAGAUUAUGUUCUGGACGAGACAAUUAGGGGGGAUACUUUGCAAUAUGACUUCAGUACAAUAAAAGAUGCUACUAAUGAUUUCUCUGACAUAAAUAAGCUGGGUGUUGGUGGAUUUGGUGUUGUUUACAAGGGUAGGCUUUCAAAUGGACAAGAGAUAGCUGUGAAGAGACUCUCUAGAAAUUCUACACAAGGUGAAGUGGAAUUUGAAAAUGAAGUUGCUUUAGUAGCCAAGCUGCAACACAGGAAUCUUGUUAGAUUGCUAGGCUUCUGCUUGGAAGGAAAAUUGUUGAUCUAUGAGUUUGUCCCCAACAAAAGUCUUGAUUACUUCUUAUUUGACCCAAUCAAACGUGCAGAUUUGAAUUGGGAGAAGCGUUAUAACAUCAUAGAAGGGAUUGCACGUGGUCUUCUUUAUCUUCAUGAAGAUUCUCAAUUCAAGAUUAUUCAUCGUGAUCUUAAGCCUGGAAAUAUUUUACUUGAUGCUAAAAUGAACCCAAAGAUUUCAGACUUCGGCCUGGCAAAACUAGUUGAAAUGGAACAAACUCGAGAGAAAACAAAAAAUGUUGUUGGUACCAUUGGAUAUAUGGCCCCAGAGUAUGCUAUAAAGGGUCGAUUUUCUGUGAAGUCUGAUGUUUAUAGCUUCGGAGUUAUUUUGCUCGAGAUAUUAAGUGCGAAAAAAGUCAAUAGUUUCUACCAUGGGGAAGAUUCUCAAAACCUUCUUGGAUAUGCCUGGAAACUCUGGCAAGAAGGCAAAGGUUUGGAGUUUAUAGACCCUUUGUUGAUUGACUCAUGUCCAACAGCUGAAGUUUUGAGAUGCCUCCUUAUAGGGCUUUUGUGUGUUCAAAGAGAUGUUGAAUGUAGACCCACAGUGUCAUCUGUGAUUUGGAUGUUGAAGCAGACACUUGACACACUCCCUCAACCCAAAGAACCAGCAGUUUUUGCUAGGAGAUCAAGACUUCAAGAAAAUCGGACUCCUUUGGGUUCACAUGUUCAUUCAGUAAUCGAGGUCAUUCUUUCUGGUUUUUCAGCCCGACUAGAGGAAACCCAUAUAGAAAAUGCAGAGAUGAACUCUAUGAGUUCUUGUUUGAGCUUGAGAUUGAGUUUGAGUUUGAGUUUGAGUUUGUUCUGUACCCUUUCUUCAAUUUUCCUUAAUUUCGGUCUCUGCCUCGCUGCCAUUUCCGAACCAACUUUCGUUGAUACUUACUGUACAGCCUCAAGAGAUUAUUAUAGUGACAGUAACGCAACCAACAUCCCAAUUGGAGAAAACACCAACCUUCUACUCUCUUAUCUAUCUUCAAACUCUUCUUUAUCCAUCAACAAUGGAUUCUACAGCCUCACGGUUGGCCAAAAUAGAGAUGAAGUCUAUGGUUUAUUCCUCUGCAGAGGCGAUGUUGAACACAGCACUUGCCAAGAUUGCGUUGAAACCGCAGUUGUAGAGGUCAGACAACGUUGUGCAGCUAACCAACAAGCCAUUACAUGGUAUGAAGAGUGUAUGGUGAAGUAUAUCUAUAGUCAUUGGGGUGCUAGUUGGUGGUUUCCCUAUUCUUAUAGAUGGGAGAGCAGAAAUGUUUUAAACCCAAAUGGGUUUAAUCAGACAUUGAUUAAUUUGAUGAAAAGUCUUGCAACAAUGGCUACCAACUCUUCUUCUUCCUCUAGAAUCAAAUAUUUCGCAACUGGAGAAGCAAAUUUUUCAAGUUCUGAAAAGAUAUAUGGGCUGAUGCAGUGUACUCGUGAUCUUUCUCCAAGUGAUUGUCAGAAAUGCCUGAGAAAUGCUACUGAUUACAUUUCCAUUACAUUUAAUGGGAGUUCAGGUUUGGGUGUUUAUUAUCUCACCUGUGUUGCAAGGUAUGGUGAUCGUCCUUUCUAUUCUGCUGCAUCAGAUCCUCCAUUAACAGGAAAAGAGAGGAAUUCAUUUCGAACUAUAUUUACUAUUGCUAUUCCCGUGGUUACUACAUUGAUACUUUUUCUUAUCAUUUUUAUCUUCCUACAAAAGUGGAAGCCAAAGUCAGAAGUUUAUGUUCUAGGAGAGAUUACUACUGGGGAUACUUUGCAAUAUGACUUCAGUACAGUAAAAGAUGCUACCAAUGACUUCUCUGAUGUAAAUAAGUUGGGUGCUGGUGGAUUUGGUGCUGUUUACAAGGGUAAGCUUUCAAAUGGAUAUGAGGUAGCUGUGAAGAGACUCUCUAGAAAUUCUAAACAAGGUGAAUUGGAAUUCGAGAAUGAGGUUGCUUUACUAGCCAAGCUUCAACAUAGGAAUCUUGUUAGAUUGCUAGGUUUCUGCUUGGAAGGGAAACUAUUGAUCUAUGAGUUCGUCCCCAACAAAAGUCUUGAUUACUUCUUAUUUGACCAAAUUAAACGUGCAGACUUGAAUUGGGAGAUGCGCAAUAAAAUCAUAGAAGGGAUUGCACGAGGUCUUCUUUAUCUUCAUGAAGAUUCUCAAUUCAAGAUUAUUCAUCGUGAUCUUAAGCCUGGCAAUAUUUUACUUGAUACCAAAAUGAACCCAAAGAUUUCAGACUUCGGCCUGGCUAAACUAAUUGAAAUUGGUCAAACUCGAGAUAAAACAAAAAAAAUAGCUGGUACCAUUGGAUAUAUGGCCCCAGAGUAUGCUAUAAAGGGUCGAUUUUCCGUGAAGUCUGAUGUUUAUAGCUUUGGAGUUAUUUUGCUCGAGAUAUUAAGUGGGGAAAGAAUUAACAAUUUCUACCGUGGGGAUGAUUCUCAAAACCUCCUUGGAUAUGCCUGGAGACUCUGGCAAGAAGGCAAAGGUUUGGAGUUUCUAGACCCUCUGUUGAGAGACUCAUGUCCAACAACUGAAGUCUUGAGAUGCCUACUUGUAGGGCUUUUGUGUGUUCAAGGAGAUGCUGAAUGUAGACCUACCAUGUCAUCUGUGAUUUGGAUGAUGAAGCAGACACUUGACACACUCCCUCAGCCCAGAGAACCUGCGUUUUUUAUGGGGAGAACGGGACUUCAAGGAAACAGGACUCCUUUGGGUUCAAAAGUCCAUUCAGUAAUUGAGGUCAUUCUUUCUGGUUUUUCAGGCCGAUGAGGAAUUCGUGGGGUUUAGUUUGUAGCUCUUAACUUGCAAUUUAAUGGUUGUAAAUGUGCAUGGUAUUCUGUGAAACACAAAUUUUCUAUUUAUUGGUGUAUUUGGCGAAAGGGUAUGAGGUGAUGUUUAAAGAGGAGAAGUUCAAAUCUUUAUAUAUGAUGGUUAGAUAAGAUAUGGUAGAUAGUAAGGACAAGGAAGGGAUUGAAGGAUAUGCAUCUGUAUCUGUCUUUGAAAGAUUUAGAACUCUAGUAAGAGAAUACCAAGACAAUAGUGAUGAGGAAAUCAGUCAGGGACUGAUGACAUAUCAGAGGAGAAGCAAACAUACACAGCCAUACAUCACUUCAUUGUGGCUAGAUAUCCCUUGUAAACCUGUGUGGGUGUUUAUUUUUGUUAACUUAUGUGUAGUUUCUUUUAUUUUGUGUCAAACAGUUAUGUACAAAUUAUGUACUAAUGUUGUAUUUUUUAAGUGUAAUUAUUAUGAAGUUAUUGCU